ACCGAGUCAAGCAGCUUAUUCAAGCUCCUCUCAAUCUCUCAUUUGCUGCUAUUGAAUCCGAGGAGGAUACAAAUACAAGAAGAAUAAGACCGCCUGUUGUGGGUUUCUCAUUAACCCCAUUCCUUUUUAUUCCAUCAUGUUGGCCGACGAGACAAAAAAGACCGAGGUCUGGGACACAAAGACUCAAGCAUUCCAUGGUGGCCAAGAACACCGUUUCCUUGACAACUUUGUCGAAGACUUCAGCGUGACGACCAACUAUCUAGGUACUCCCCGCAAAGCUCUCGACGCUGCCCGGGAAGCUAUCAGCGAAGUGCAUCACUACCCGGCUGCAAACCAAGAGCCUGCCAAAACCUCGCUUGCACAAUUCCUCUGGCCAUCCAACUACAGUGAGCAUCACGGUCGUCUUUUGUUGGGUAACGGCGCUUCGGAAUUAAUCGACUUGGUUGUACGCAAGACUUUGUUGACAUGUGUUUCUCGCGGUGUCACAAAGCCCAAGUGGAAGGGAGGUCCGUGGAACGUUCAGUACCGUGAAUACCAACGGAGUGCCGAGAACAACGAGUUCGAAAUCAUGGAUCCAACAUACAAGGAGCCUGUCGACUUGCUUUGCGUUGUCAAUCCAUGCAACCCCACUGGUGACUACUUUGACGUCGAAAGCUUGAAGGCAUUUAUCAAGGCCAAUGUUGUUUCUGGCGGUACCGUUCUUGUUGACGAAUCCAUGCAACCAUGGCACUCGAGCGAUUUCCGCUCUGAUUCGCUUACUUCGGCCCAUGCUUUUGUCAAGGAAAUGUGGGAGCAUGAUCAAAUUGGUGUGCACGUUAUCCAUUCAUGGACCAAGAUCUGGUCCUGCACUGGCCUGCGCGUCGGAUCCGUGAUCACUCCUACUGCUAGCCACUGUGAAGCUCUGCGCAAGAUCCAAGUCCCGUGGUCUGUCAAUGGCCCUGCCCUCAAGUUUGUUGAAGCCGUCGUUCUUGAUGAUGAUUACAUGAAGGAAACUUGGGAAAACACGACACGCUUGCGCGCUUAUCUGAUCGACCAACUCACUGGUUUAAACGACAAGUGGGUGUACCACGGCAAGCCAUUCCUGAGCUGGGUCUGGGUGGAUAUGCUCUCUGAGGAGGUUGCGUCCAAGGCUAUUGAUUUGGCUCGUCAAGCUGGUGUGCCUGUACGAAGUGGCAAGCCCGGUUAUUCAUGCCCAACGUUUGUACGGGUUGCUGUUCGCAAGGAACCAGAAAUCGCACGUUUGAUUAACGCCUGGAAAUCCCUCUAGAAAAACCAGCGGUCAAAAGUAUUAUUAGAUUAGUGUGAUUUCUUUCUCACUAUCGCUUCUUUCUCAAAAGCGUUUACUUAUUUCGUGUAUGUACUGUAAUUUUUUAAGUGUAGAAAAGCAAGACAAAAUAG